AUGGUGGGUGAAUGUGCAUUGGGAAUGUUGCUAUCAGCCCUGCAAAUGAUUGCUUUUGGUCUGAAUGAGCUUGUGGUGGGAGACACCAAUGGGAAACUCUAUGUUUACAAGAAUGAUGACAGCAAACCCUGGGCUGUACGAUCUUGCCAAGGAAUGCUUACGUGUGUUGGCGUGGGAGAUGUAUGCAACAAAGGAAAGAAUCUCGUGGUGGCAGUGAGUGCAGAAGGCUGGUUUCAUCUCUUUGACCUGACUUCUCCAGCUUCAAAACACACAGAUGCUUCAGGCCACCAUGAGUUGGCAGCAGCAGAGGAGCAGAAGCCAGUGUUCAAGCAGCACAUUCCUGCCAACACCAAGGUCAUGCUUAUCAAUGACAUUGAUGGAGAUGGGAAGUGUGAGUUGGUGGUGGGUUACACUGACAGGGUGGUACGUGCCUUCCGCUGGGAGGACUUGUCGGACAAUUCAGACCAUGUCUCUGGGCAGCUGCUCCUGUUGAAGAAAUGGCUUCUAGAAGGUCAGGUGGACAGCCUCUCUGUGAACCCAGGCCCUGAUGGCUCACCGGAGUUGAUGGUGUCUCAGCCAGGCUGUGGUUAUGCCAUUCUGCUGUGCACCUGGGACUCUGAGCAGCAGGGCACGACAGAGGGAAAAGACAACUCUGCCACAUGCAGCGAGGCCCCUAUUCGAGACGUUAUUCUGCACCAAACAUCUGGACGGAUUCACAACAAGAAUGUUUCCACUCAUCUAAUUGGUAGCAUUGCCAGAGGCUGCUCCAGUGAGAACAGUGGAUCAGGUCUCUUUGCCCUCUGUACUCUGGAUGGGACGUUGAAACUCAUGGAGGGAGCCGACAAACUGCUCUGGUCUGUGCAAGUUGAUCACCAGCUCUUUGCUCUGGAAAAGCUGGAUGUUACUGGCAAUGGGCAUGAGGAGGUGAUUGCCUGUGCAUGGGAUGGUCAGACGUACAUCAUUGACCACAAUCGGACUGUCGCCAGAUUUCAAGCGGACGAGAAUGUCAGCGCUUUCUGUGCAGGCCUCUAUGCGUGCAAAGGAGGACGCAACAGCCCCUGCCUGGUUUAUGUCAGCUUCAAUCAGAAGAUCUACAUCUACUGGGAUGUGCAGCUGGAGAGAAUGGAGUCCACGAAUCUGCUGAAAAUCCUGGAUGGUGACCCAGAGUUUGCAAGUCUUCUGCAGCAGCUGGGUGUGGACAGAAGUGACGUUUCUGCUGUCAGAGAUCUGAUUCACAAAACACUCUAUUUUCCUGAGAAGGAAGAGCAGAGCAGCCCCUCGCAGUCUCAGGACCCUGCUGGAACAGACUCCUCUGCCCACUGCACUGGCAUCCAGGAUUCUUUAUAA